AUGGCGACGGUAGCUUCCACCACGGAGGCACUCGCCGCCUGGGAUCCGGCCAGCUCCAUCCCUACCUUGAUUGGUAGCAUACUUUCUGUCACAUCCACCGCCCUGGUCAUUCUCCUCUGGAUAUUCGCCGGUGGAAAGAGACGGCGCGAUUUCAGAUACGCUUUGAUCUUGAACCUUACUGUUGCCGAAUUCAUUAAUAGUUUGAAUAACUCCGUCUCUGGUGCCGCUGCCGUUGCGAGACGUAGGCCGCUGCUACCGGGUCUUGCAUGCGAAAUCAACGGCUGGACCGGUCAAUUUUCAGUACAGGCCGUUGAUUUCUCCAUACUCGCCAUCACACUCAUUACGCUUCUCACGAUCCAGCUACGCUCCUUCAUCAUCUACGCCUCUGCUCUCACGAAAGCGCUGAUAUGCCUUUCCAUCUGGAUCAUUCCACUCUGUACCAGCAUCUAUGCGUGGACAAAGAAUUACUAUGGCCCAGUGUCUGGUAACUGGUGUUGGAUUGAGGCACGAUACUUUCGACAACGUUAUGCCCUCAACCACGGCUGGCGCUUUGCUAUAUUUGCCAUAUCACUUUGUACUUACAUCUAUGUUUUCCUCUACAUGAGCCGCCGUCUCCGCCCACAAAAUCUUUCGAACCUCAGCUCCAGUAUCCCGGACAGUCUCGACUACGAGAAGAUCAAUGAAAAGCCUCGAGACGGUGCCGUACUCGCUGGCUGUGGUGCCACACCACGUAUAAGUCUCGAUCAAACGUCAGAAAACCCUACAGCUGAACAGUCCAAAAAGCAUCGCCGUGCGGUCAGCAGUUUCAGUUUCGCUCGGAAGCUGACAAUCGACACGACUACCCAAGGCACUCACGACCAACUCCGCACCAACUCGCCUUCCGAUGACAACAUUACCUCCCCAGAUGAAACAUUUGUCCUCGUAGACCUCGAGAAAGGGCCGGCUUCCAAAACGGCAGAACCGAUCUUCACUUCGUCACCCAUCAACCGAGUCAUGACCAAGGUGGAGAAGAGCAAGAUUAAGAUCGACAGGGAGAUUUGGAAGAUGCUAUUGUUGAACAUGUAUCCAGUCACGUACCUCAUUCUAUGGAUUCCAGGCAUUGCGAACCGUAUUGCAGAGAGCAUGGGACACUCCGUCAGACUGCUAGUCAUUCUGCAGAGUAGCACGCAGUACAUAGGUUUUGCCAACGCUGCAGUUUAUCUGUACAAAGAACAUGAAAGAGACAUACGGGAGUGGUGGGGCGGAGUCCAGGGAAGGAAAGCGGCCAAAGCUGCAACGGCCAAAGUUGCAAGCAGCGAUGCUAGUAGCGGGAGGAUCACCAACUGGAGAAGUGUCUCGUCCUAG